GUAUUAACCCCGGCCCGUUAGGAGAGACAGGCAGCGUAAUCCAGCGACCGCUCACAAGCUCGCAUCUCGACACCUGCAUAGUUCCUGGCUUCCCUUUUCUUCGCAGGUUCGGCCGCAUCCCUCUCACCGCUAGGCUGCCCGCAAAGGGCUCCCGAAUGCCAGCAAGAUGAGUUCCUUGAAGCAGUUCAUCCGCAACGUGCGUGCCGCCAAGACGAUCGCCGACGAGCGUGCAGUCAUCCAAAAGGAGAGCGCUGCGAUCCGAGCGAGCUUCCGCGAAGAGAGUCACGAUCCCAACGUCAGACGCAACAAUGUCGCCAAGUUGCUGUACCUCUUCACCCUCGGUGAGCGGACACACUUCGGGCAGAUCGAAUGCAUUAAGCUCCUGGCGUCACCGCGCUUUGCCGACAAGCGACUUGGACACCUGGCGACAAGCUUGCUGCUUGAUGAGAACCAAGAGGUCUUGACAUUGGUCACCAACUCUAUACAAAAUGACCUGGGCCACUCGAACCAAUACAUCGUCGGCCUGGCGCUCGGAACGCUGGGCAACAUCGCCUCUGUCGAAAUGUCACGAGACCUGUUCGCCGAGAUCGAGAAAUGCAUAUCGACCGCCAACCCCUAUAUCAGGAGAAAAGCUGCCCUCUGCGCCAUGAGGAUAUGUCGCAAGGUACCGGAUCUGCAGGAGCACUUUGUUGAGAAGGCAGCCCAGAUGCUCUCGGAUCGCAACCAUGGAGUGCUGCUUUGCGGCCUGACGCUUGUGACGAGCAUGUGCGAGGCUGAGGAGGAGGACGACAGCGGCGAGGACCUCGGCAUCAUCGAAAAGUAUAAGCAGUUCAUCCCGCUACUCGUGCGGACACUCAAGGGCCUCGCAACCUCGGGCUAUGCUCCAGAGCACGACGUCACUGGCAUUACGGACCCCUUCUUGCAGGUCAAGAUCCUCCGGCUGUUGCGCGUACUCGUCCGCGGUGAUCCGGAAGGUACCGAGCAGAUUAGCGACAUCCUCGCACAGGUGGCGACCAACACAGACUCGAACAAGAAUGUCGGCAACUCGAUCCUCUACGAAGCCGUGCGGACGAUCCUUGACAUUGAGGCCGACUCGGGUUUGCGCGUGCUCGGUGUCAACAUCCUCGGAAAGUUCUUGGCGAACCGUGACAACAAUAUCAGAUAUGUGGCGCUGAACACGCUGAUCAAAGUCGUGGCCAUUGAGCCCAAUGCAGUCCAACGACAUAGAAACACCAUCCUCGAGUGCUUGAGGGAUCCGGAUAUUAGCAUUAGGAGAAGAGCGCUCGACCUGAGCUUCACGCUGAUCAACGAGAGCAACGUUCGCGUCCUGAUUCGGGAGCUUCUUGCCUUCUUGGAGGUUGCGGACAAUGAGUUCAAGCCCACCAUGACAACACAGAUUGGAAUCGCUGCCGACAGAUAUUCUCCAAACAAGCGGUGGCAUGUCGAUACCAUGUUGAGGGUCUUGACACUGGCCGGAAAUUACGUCAAAGAGCCAAUCAUGGCGUCGUUUAUCCGUCUCGUCGCGACCACACCGGAGCUCCAAACAUAUGCCGUGCAGAAGCUUUACCUGAACUUGAAGAAGGAUAUCACGCAGGAGAGCUUGACGCAGGCUGGUGCGUGGUGCAUUGGCGAGUACGGCGAUGCUUUGCUAAGCGGUGGGCAGUAUGAGGAUGAAGAGCUCGUGCAGGAUGUCAAAGAGCACGAGAUUAUUGACCUUUUCAACAACAUCCUGAACAGCAGCUACGCCACACAAGUGGCCACCGAGUACAUCGUUACUGCUCUGAUCAAAUUAUCGACGAGGUUCUCGGACCCAGCCCAGGCCCAACGAGUGCAGCAGCUCAUCGCCAAUCACCAGACAAGUUUGGAUGUCGAGAUUCAGCAGCGAGCUGUCGAGUACGGCAAUCUGUUCUCGUUCAACGAGGUCCGGCAAGGCGUGCUUGAAAGGAUGCCUCCUCCACAAAUCAAGGAGGAGUCCCGUGUGCUGGGCGAGUCCUCCUCAAAGAAGAAGAAGGCUGCGAACCGAAAGUCGAAGCUUGUUGCCAAGCCCACGACCGACCAGGAUCUGCUAGAUCUGAUGGGCGACAGCACGAGCACUCCAAUCACAUCACCAACCAACGGAUCCCAGAACAAUGCCGAUCUACUUGCCGACAUCCUCGGGGGCGCUACGUCGCCGCCCCCUAAUGCCACGUCGCCGCCACCUUCCCAAGGAAACGCUUCCAUCAUGGAUCUGUUCUCUCAAGGCCCGUCGGCUCCAUCACCCGCUCCACCCGCCGGCGGCAUGUCUGGUCUCGACAUGUUAUCGCAGAUGGGAUCUCCGCCACCCCAGCAGGUAGCGGCUGCACCUGCACCGGGUGGUCUGCCGUGCUAUGACAAGAAUGGGGUUAAUGUUACUAUCUUGUUGCAGCGCAAUGCGGAAGGCAACGUGCAGGCGACGGCGCGCUUCCGCAACUCUGCAGGCGGCCAAAUCGGCAACGUCGGUCUACAGGCAGCCGUCCCCAAGACGCAGAAGUUGCAACUGCUGAGCAUCUCGAACCCGAACAUCCCACCUGGAGGCGACGCAACGCAAGUGAUGAGGAUCAUGGGCGCCAAGGGGCCAUUGCGUUUGAAGCUUCGGAUCGACUAUGUACAUCCAUCGGCAGGACAGGUGCAGGACGAGGUCAAGUGGACCGAGCCAUCAUAAGUGGCGACGUCGGCUCGAGGAAGCAGGACUACGACUCGCGAUCGGAGAGUUGGCUGAAACUAAAACUCUCCAUCACCUACCUUGAUUGUAGUCCAAAGUGAAUAACAUAUAGAGAGCAAAUACCAUGAGCAACAGGCCUGAGACCGAGUUCUCACAUUUGACAUCACCAACCAUAUGCGUCAUGUGCGCACACAAGUGACAAUAGCAUGGCCACUGCUUACAAUAUGACACCCACUUGCAUUUGUGACUGAGUUUGUUAAUUCAGUCCACUUGUAUGAAAAGAAGCUCUAUCCCAUAUGAACAUCUCUAG